UGGGCUGGGCUUCCAGAGAGUAAGCAGUGGAGUGAGGGAGUAAACGAGUAAGAAAAGGCUCAGUGAGGGACAGAGGGACAGAGGGAUUCAGACAGACAGAAAGACAGACAGAAAGACAGAUGGACAGAAGGAGAGACAUGACUGCUGUGGUUCUUCUUGCGGUUUUCUCCUGUGUGUUCUCGGAGUUGUUCGCUCAGAAGGAACCUCGGCGUGUGCAUGUAAGUGCACUUAUGCAUAUUAAACAGGUGUGUAAUCAGGGGUUCUUCAUGAGUGAACAGCACACCUGUUUGCCAUGUAACUGUAAAGGUCAUGCUCAGGAUUGUGAGGACAUCACUGGAAUCUGCAUCGACUGCCAGGAUCACAGUACAGGAGAUUUUUGUGAGAGAUGUGAAGAUGGUUACAUUCUCCAGGUUUCUCAUGAUGGACAGCACGAGUGUCGGCCAUGUGCAUGCCCUGUUGCCACGGAGACCAACAACUUUGCUACACACUGUGAUGUGAGGGGUGUGGCUCUGAGGUGUGUGUGUCAGGAUGGUUACGUUGGACAUUACUGUGAAAGGUGUGCACCUGGUUACUAUGGCAACCCCACUCGUGCAGGUGAUUCGUGUAAGAAGUGUGACUGUAACGGAAACUCCGACCCAAACCUGAUCUUUAAUGAGUGUCACAAUGUAACGGGGAAGUGUUUACAUUGUUAUCACAACACCGCCGGAAACAACUGCGAGAGAUGUGCACAUGGUUACUAUGGCGACGCCAUCAGCGCCAAGGACUGCCGCAAGUGUGAGUGUAAUCAGUGUGGGACGGCAUCAUGUGAUGACCGGACAGGAGUUUGUCACUGUAAACCUGGUGUUACAGGACGUCUGUGUGAUAGCUGUGAGGAUGGUCACUCUGGGUUUAGAAGCUGUAUGGGAUGUAGGAGGUGUGAGUGUGCAUCUGCAGCUCUGCACCCAUCCUGUAACACACUCACUCAGGCGUGUCAGUGCCGCCUUGGGGCAGGAGGACGCUACUGCGAGAACUGUUUACCCGGCUACUGGGACUACACACACACCGGCUGUAAGAAGUGCGAUUGUCCUGAGGGUAACUGUGAUGUCCACACUGGAGAGUGUUUACCCGAGAAGUCUCAGGUCAGCGAGUGUAGUAUCGACUGUGAUGAGUGUAUUUGGCACCUGAUUGGUGAUGUGCGUCAGUCCAAUAAAACAUUGGAUCAGAUAAGGAACAGCGUCCUGAACAUCUCUACUGGGGCUGCAGCAUAUGACCGCCUCAAAUACUACAACUACACUGCACACACACUCAGUGUGCAGUUUGUAGGAUGGAGGAACAAAUCAGCAGUGUUGAGGAGACACACAGGAGAGCUGGAGGAGGAAACAGUGCACCUUCAGACUGACACAGAGCUGCUCACACACCAGGAGGAUGAGGUGGUGUCAGUAGGGAAGCAGGUGGAUAUUGACACACUGCAUAGCUUUACAGUAGCCGAGAUGCUAGCGGCUAAUCUGACCUCCCUUAAUGUGCUAAUAGAAGACAUGAUCAGUGAUUGGGAAGUGUACAGAGUGCAGCAGGACGUAGGACCUGAGCAGCAGAAGCAGAAGGAGAGUGAAGCUGAACACAUGCUGAAUCACAUGAGGAUGACCAACCUGACACCCAAACAGUCACUCGCUACACAGGAGAACACACACACACACCAGCUUCUGCAGCAUGUGCGUCAGAUGGAGAAGAGUGUGUUGCUGAUGGAGGGACGACUUCCUGCAGUUAGACAGUUAAUGAAACACUUCAGCUCGAGUCUCACACAUGGCCAGAUUUACCUACAUAAAGCACAUGACACACUGCAGCAAACACACAACACACACACACACAACCUGCUCCAUCUGCAGCGCAGAGAGGCUCAUAAGAAUCAUCUAAUGGAGAGUUAUAAUGCUGUUAAUCAGACUGUCAUGUCAGCCAAUGACAUCUUAAUUAAGGCAGCUGUGGGUGUGGCAGAUUUGGCUACCAUGGUAAAGAACGUGACAGAGUACCAUGCGGAGGUUGACGGUGCUGCGGUGUUGAUACAAGAGAGAACUGAUCAGCUCUCUAAGGCAGAUCACAACUUAGUGCAGAGAGCUACUGAGCAUGCUCAAGAGCUGCAGAGACACGCCCACGAACUACAGCAUAACCUGAAGGGCAGUGAUACACAUGGAUUUGUUCAGAAAGCUCUGGAAGCAUCAAACGUCUACGACAACAUUGUUAAAUACAUCAACGAGGCUGAUGAGAUCAGUGUGAGGACAAAGAACAUGUCCAUCAGGACAGAGGACGCCCUCGAUGGUUUAAAUUCCCAGCUGAACUUCCUCAAAACACAGAGCAGUGACGUGUUUAAAGAGUCUGUGACACGCAACUCUGAAUACACAGAGGUGGAUAUGAACGUAGCUGACACCAAAAAAUACAUUGAGGAGACAAGAGACAUGCUGCAGACAUCACAGGUCACACUGGAGGAGCUCAUCAAGAACAUGAACACCCUCCAGAGAGUCCAGAAGCUGCAGUCCACUCAGGAGGCAGCAGAACGUGCUCUGAAUCACACAGCUGAAGUUCUGGGGGUUGUUACUCCAAUUAGGGAACAAGUAGAAGAAUGGAGCAGAAACAUGAGAAACAAUCAGUACUCCACCUCCAGCUAUGAACAGGCUGUUGACUCCGCCCAUACCACAGUGGAAGAUCUCUCAGCAAUCGUACCUCAGUUGUUGACAAAGCUGCAUGAUGUGGAAGAAAGGAAACCAUUCAACGUGUCCACAAACAUCAUGAGGGUCAGAGAACUCAUCGCUCAGGCUCGUAGUGUCGCCAGCAAGGUGCAGGUGUCUAUGAAGUUUAAUGGGCAGUCCUCAGUGGAGCUCCACCCACCUGCUGAUGUAGAUGAAUUGAAGGUUGUGACUUCCAUUAGCCUGUAUGUGCGUGUGGACCCUGACACAGACCCCAUUGAGGACCGCUUCUUGCUUUACCUUGGAGACAAGAAUGGCCAUAAGGACUACAUGGGAGUGGCUAUUAAGAAUGAUAAUCUGGUGUUUGUGUAUAAUUUGGGUGGAGAUGUUGUAGAAAUUCCACUCGGCUCCAAACCUGUUAGUUCCUGGCCCCCUGUGUUCAACCAUGUGAGAGUGGAGAGACUGGGUCGUCAUGGGAAGGUGUAUUUAACAGUCCCCAGUCAGGAAGCAGUAGCUGAGCAGAAGUUUAUACAGAAAGGUGAAUGGGAUGGAACUGAAUCUCUGUACCACCUAGACCCCAGAGACACAGUGUUCAUCAUCGGAGGAGCUCCACCAGACGUCAAGCUUCCCCCUGCUUUGAGUUUAGCUCCGUUUGUUGGCUGUAUUGAACUUAUAUCCCUCAAUAAUGAUGUCAUCAGUCUGUACAACUUCAAAAAGCUGCAUAAAAUGGACAUGGAGGUGUCCAGACCCUGUCCCAGGUAUAAGUUAGCCUUCUCUCAGGGUCGUGUGGCGAGUUACCUGUUUGAUGGCUCUGGGUAUGCGUUGGUGCGGGACAUUGAGAGACGAGGCAGGAUCAGUGUUGUUACACGGUUUGACAUUGAAGUGCGCACAGUAGCUCAUAACGGAGUUCUCUUACUCAUGGUUAAUGAGAGUAAAUUCUUUGUGCUGGAGAUGAGGAACGGCUUUCUGCGAUUGGUUUAUGAUUUUGGAUUUACUAACGGUCCCAUCGUGUUGGAGGGGAACCUGACCAAACUGCAGAUCAAUGACGCCAGAUACCAUGAGGUGUCAGUGAUCUACCAUCAGUCUAAGAAGGUCAUUCUCCUGGUAGACCGGAGUUUUGUUAAAUCCACAGACAAUGAGAAGAAAACUCUGCCCUUUAAUGAUAUUUACAUCGGAGGAGUGCCAUCAGAUGUGCUGCACUCAAGGUCUGAGUUCUCCUCUCUGAUUGGACUGAAAGGAUGUGUAAAAGGUUUUCAGUUCCAGAAGAAAGACUUUAACCUGCUGGAGGAACCAGGAACCAUCGGCAUCAGCAGCGGCUGUCCUGAAGAGUCCUUUAUGUCACUUAAAGCAUAUUUCACAGGUGACGGUUAUUUGAGUUCCACAGCGAGAAUCUCACCAUUAAGCUCUUUUGAAGGAGGAUUGAGCUUCAGAACAACUGAACCAUCAGGACUACUGUUCUAUCACAGAGACGGGACGGAUGAGUUCUCUCUCUCCCUGGAGAACGGUGCAGUAGUUCUUCACUCCAGAGGAACUAAAGUUAAAUCUAGGAAGCACUAUAGUGACGGUCGACCUCACUUCCUGGUCGCCUCCGUCACUAAGCACAAGUACCAGCUGGUGGUGGACGACCGAGACAAACAGGACAAGAAGAACCCAGGUUCUGUACCUCACACAGACGGAGUGAAGGAGUUCUACUACGGAGGAUCUGCUCACAGCAACAUCAACAACUUCACUGGCUGUAUCGGCUACGCAUAUAUCAGCAGGCAGGACCGUGAUAUUGAGGCAGAGGAUUUCCAGCGUUACACUAAGAAUGUGGGCGUGUCCCUGCAGGACUGUCCUUUGCAGAAUCCGCCCACUUCUCAGCGACGCACACGUUCUGCACCACACAUUCCUAACAACACACACUCCACUCCAUACACUCCGGCAGCCUUACAACAGAGCAUUAUGGGAGUUCAGGAUGGGCUUCAGGUUGCUGUAGAGAAGGAGGCCACGUCUUGUUAUCACUCACCCCUGCCGUAUGCCGUCAGAAACGCACAUUAUUUUAGUGACAACAGUCAGCUUGUGUAUGAUGGCAUCGCUGAGGUCAUUAGAGAAAGGUCAGAGUUCUCCGUGUCAGUGAGAACACGCUCAGUGCAGGGGAUGAUAGUGAGUGUGUGUGGUGAAGCUGACUUCAUGGCACUCUUCCUUUUUAAUGGUAAACUCUUCUUCACGUUCGGCUUCAUGCAGUAUGUCCUACAGCUCCACAGCACACACACACUCAAUGAUGGAAGCUGGCAUGAAGUGGUGUUUAACAGACAUGGAGACAGAGGGGUGUUGUUUGUGGAUGGUGUGUUGGUGAUGGAGGAUAAAGUCCCCAGUGAUAACGUCACACUUAAACUUCAGGAUCCUCUGCAUGUGGGCAGUCCUCCAGAAGGAUGUGCCAUGAACAGCAGAAAGGUGAGGUCUGGGUUCUCAGGGUGUGUGAGAGAUCUGCGCCUGAAUGGCCACUUCCUCUCGUCGGUCCCUCGCAAUUUUGGCGUGACACCAUGUUUUGACGGAUCGAGUGAAGCAGGAGUGUUUUUCUUUGAGGAGGGAGGACACGCAGUGCUGAGUCACUCCCUCAGCAUGGUUGGGCUGCUGGAUGUGGUGAUGGAGCUUCGUCCCCGUGUGGCCUCAGCACUGUUACUGCACUCCUACAUCACACCUGGUGUGAGCCUUUGCAUCUACCUCCAACAGGGCCAGGUGUUUGUACAUGUGAAUAAUGAGACACACACAGUGAAUUUUCCCUCGCAAGACAGUUUAUGUGAUGGCAACUGGCACAGGGUCAAAGUGGUGGGGGACCACAAUGGACUGAUGUUGGAUGUGGAUGGGAAGCAGAAGCAUGUAAUCAGUUCACGCUUUCCAGUGACGAAACACAGUGCGUUUCUGCCAGUUUACAUUGGGGGAACACCAGAAGCCAUCACACUUCCUGUUAGUGUGAAGGUGAAGAGCAGCUACAUCGGCUGUAUGAGGAACCUGUCCUUUAACCAGCAAAGUGUUAACUUCAGACACUCGCUGCUCAUUAAAGGAGCUGUUAGUGUGGACGGCUGUCCUGUGGCCUGAUGAUGUCAUCAUAGGACGUCCCACCAUUACCACCCCCUCACCUGUCCUGUGUACACUAGUCAUGUCACUAUAUUCAUUUCUAUUAUUAACUGCCAUUGUAGCACACACACACACACUCACACACAUACACACACACACACACACACACACACACACACACACACGAUACUGUUUCCCUUUUCUAGUCUCCUUCUUUUAGUUCCAUUCCUCUAGUUUCCAGCCUUUAACGUGCCACAUUCCGUACAUCAGAAACACUAGUGUAAGUGUUCAGCUAUAGUGGCAAAGGGUCACAUGACUAUCACACAUUUAUCACAUUAAUCUCAACAAACACACACACACACACAGGUCUUUAACCUUCAGUAAUUCCUGUAAUAGGUGUGUUUGAUUUACACUCCACUCUAUUUUUCAGCCUAUAAUGAGGCACUCUCAGUGUUAAUGGUUCUUUAUCAUGGCUCAUGAGGGUAUUGCAACUGGUUACCUGAAGUUGUGGGGUGCCAAUACUUUUAUCAUUAACGCUUUCCUCCACACUCUCACUGUCAUCACUACUGUACAUUGAUAUGGAUUAGGAUACACACACACACACAUACACACACACGUGCAUACAAACAAUCACACACACACACACACACACA